GUUUGCCUUGUUGGGCGUCUGGUUGAGCUGGGAGGAGUUACACAUACCUGGCAACACCGAGAGUCGCUUUGUUAACACUUCAGUGAGCCAAGAUGGCAGAUUUCGAAGAGCUCAGCAAUGAAGAGAAGGUCCGUAUUGCAGCUAAUUUUGUGAUACACUCUCCUCCUGGAGAGUUCAAUGAAGUCUUCAAUGAUGUGCGAAUACUGCUCAACAAUGAUAACCUUCUCAGAGAGGGCGCGGCUCAUGCCUUUGCCCAGUACAACAUGGAUCAGUUCACCCUUGCCAAAAUUGAUGGAUAUGAAGAUCAGGUUCUGAUAACAGAGCAUGGAGACCUGGGUAAUGGCCGCUUUUUUGACCCUCACAACAAGAUUUCCUUCAAAUUUGACCACCUGAGAAAGGAAGCCAGCGACCCCAAGCCCCAUGAGGGCGAGGCAGCCCUCAGGUCAUGGAGAGAUGCCUGUGAUUCUGCCCUGAGGGCCUACGUCAAGGAGCAUUACCCCAGUGGAGUUUGCACUGUUUAUGGGAAAACAAUUGAUGGCCAGCAGACCAUUAUCGCUUGUAUUGAGAGUCAUCAAUUUGAGCCUAAAAACUUCUGGAACGGUCGCUGCCGGUCUGAAUGGAAGUUCAGUGUCUCGCAAUCUACAGCACAGGUGGUUGGAGUCUUGAAAAUACAGGUACAUUAUUAUGAGGAUGGAAAUGUGCAACUGGUGAGCCAUAAAGAUGUACAGGAAGCACUGAUUGUGUCUAAUGAGAGCCAGACUGCAAAGGACCUUGUGAAAAUUAUUGAGGAUGCAGAGAAUGAAUACCAGGUGGCCAUCAGUGAGAACUAUCAGACCAUGUCGGACACCACGUUCAAAGCCUUACGCAGACAGCUCCCAGUCACCCGCACCAAGAUUGACUGGAAUAAAAUCCUCAGCUACAAGAUUGGCAAGGAGAUGCAGAAUUCUUAGAGAACAGAGGCUGUUACGACAAACAAAUCGGGGAGAAGCCGAUGCUCGCGCUAACACGUGUGAUGCAACGUAACGUACUGUAUGUCCUUCUAAAAGAGACAUUUGUUUGGGGUUUUUACAGAGAAUGACAGUUUCCGUUAUGCACUACGAGGGGAUGCCUUCAAUUGACAAUGACAUUGAGUGAUGUAACUGUCGCUCAUUUGCAAACAUAUUAUUUUUUAACAAAUAAUGCCUUUAGUAACACUGUGAGAGCUUGGGUCAUCCCUGCUAUUCAAAUUCUCAGUCGCAUGUUAAACCCACAGUUUCUGAUCCCUCAGUGCUUUAAAAUGGACACAUCCUCACAAAACCCCUUGACUUUUAUGUAGCAACUAAUUUACACUCUCUAUAUAACAUAACUGAUAUUCUUUAAGAGCUUUCAAUACCUCCUAUAGUUUUUUAUUAACAGAGGGCAAAUACUAUAUGCAAUUCGAUGACUGAGAGACACAAUCUGUUUAUAUGUAUGCAUCCCUCUUGACCCAGGGUUGUAGCCAAAGCAUAAAUGUUUUUUCUUUUCCCAUUCACGUUUUGUCUUCCCUCUUGAAGUUUAGUUCUUCCACUUUUCUUUGUUGUUGAGAGACAUUUCCGGUGAUAAUUCUUCUUUACCCCCCUGGACUGAUAAAGUAUUGAUGUGCCCGCUCUUUGCCUUUAGCUUUUGCUAUAUUUUUUAUACAAACUGUAAGUACAUUUAUUAUUCAUGAAAUAAAACUGUGAUCUUCAAGCAAUGGU